AUGGCCUCUCUUAACAUUAGUAUCAUCUUCACACUUUUUCUCGCUAUUUCUUUACUUCAUUUGAUUUCAGCAAGAAAGCUCACUGAAUCUGACCAACUACUUAAAUUUCAAUACCACAAAGGUCCUCUCCUAUCUGGCAAAAUCUCCAUUAACCUCAUUUGGUAUGGAAAUUUCAAACCUUCCCAAAGAGCCAUCAUCACUGAUUUCAUAACCUCCCUCUCUUCUCCCAAACAAACAACCACAUCACAACCAUCCGUUGCCACGUGGUGGAAAUCAACCGAAAAAUACUACCACCUCACCAACAACAAGAAAUCAGUUAAUCUUGCACUCUCCCUCGGUACUCAAAUUCUCGACGAGAAUUACUCUUUAGGCAAAUCUCUCACAACUAACCAAAUCAUUAAACUCGCAUCCAAAGGACAACAACAGAACGCCAUCAACAUUGUUCUAACAGCUUCCGACGUGGCAGUUGAUGGUUUCUGUUCAAGUAGGUGUGGGACGCACGGUUCUUCUUACGGUGCACGCAUGAACGGGAAACAACACAAAUUCGCUUACAUUUGGGUUGGAAACUCUGAAACUCAAUGUGCUGGUCAGUGUGCUUGGCCAUUUCACCAACCAAUUUAUGGUCCACAAAGUUCACCAUUGGUUGCACCAAACAAUGAUGUUGGUCUUGAUGGAAUGAUUAUAAAUGUGGCUAGUCUUUUAGCUGGAACCGUAACAAAUCCUUUUGGAAAUGGAUAUUAUCAAGGACCAAAAGAAGCUCCAUUGGAAGCAUCUUCAGCAUGUACUGGUAUUUAUGCAAAAGGGGCUUAUCCUGGUUAUGCUGGAGAUCUUUUGGUGGACAAAACAAGUGGAGCUAGUUACAACGCAAAUGGUGUCAACGGGAGGAAGUAUCUGUUGCCUGCGAUUGUUGAUCCUAAAACCUCAGCUUGUUCUACAUUAGUAUAG